AAUUUACUCAUUAUGUUUGGUAAGAAAAAGUCGCGUUUAGGACGUACUUUUCGACAUAGACAAUUUCAACACAAGCAACAAAAAACCGUAACAAUUAUUAAGGAAGAAAAGUGGACUAAUUUUCGAGAAUGGUUAAAGCGAGAGGGAUUUCCUAAAACGAAUUUAACAUUAGCCGAAUUCCAAGGAAGAGGAAUGAUGGCAACGCGAGAUAUUAAAGUAAUGGUCAAAAGCUGGUGAAGUCAUAAUUUC